CUCUUUUUCAAUCCUUUAUUAUCAUUCAUACUCACAUUCACACUUCCACCUUUCUUCCUUUCGUAAUACUUAACAUUCCAAUUGUGUCUUCAUCUUGCUUGGCUUCACAGCUAUUUAGUUCUGAUCUUUUUCUUCUUUUUUAUCUUGUCUGCCUUGUCGUUCAUGUAUCUACGAUCUCGUUCAAGUGUCAACUAUCAUCAAGUGUACACACAUCAGUAAACACUUUUACUCUUUUAUCCUCCUCCUUCAUCAUUGUCGCUCUGUCUUUAUUGCCUGUACACACCAAUAAGGACUCUUUGUAUCUCCUUGACCUGUUUGCAGCUUUCUUUCUUUCCUUCCUUCCUUCCUUCUUUCUUCCUUCCUUCCUUUCUUCCUUCUUUCCUUUUUUUCUUUCCUCAUAUCUUUUUCAGACCCUUACCAUUUCAAACACGCACCCACCAGAAGCAAAGAGCAAUGAAUUUUGAUUUCCCACUGAUCCCUCUUUUACCCCUUCCCAUCACCUUGGUGCCUGCCUCCACUUUUGCUGCACUCGAACAUAAUCAAAAUCAAAUCCAACAGGCAUUCGCCUCCUCCGUGUCUAUCGGCAUUCCUUCCAAGAACUCGACUGGUCCUUAUUUGAGUAAUUCGACUAGUUCCUCUCUUUCCUCCUCCUCCUCCUCAUCCACAACUGGUACUUCUACUUCAUGCCUCGCCACCAAUAAUGGUACUUCGCCUCUUUCAGACCAAGAACGAUUAGGCGCUAUUGUCGAUGCCCUAGGUCAAGCGUCUGCCAAAGCUCAAGAAUUGCCGACGUCAAUCACACAGACCGUAAGACUGGCAAAGAACCCCACACAGCGCGUGUAUAUCCUUCGAACUGGCUUGGACAGUGGUGAGGAUCAAUGGUUGGAUCAACUCGAAAUUGGAUCACCACUGAUGACUGAAUCCAUUCGAAGGAGUCUCUAUGAUUUCCAUGGCUCCUCUAACUCGAUUACAGACUCUCCACAGGAAGAUGCAUCCAAGAAAAGCACAUUAAGUCGUAGUGAGGAAAGGGGUGUUUAUGUUGCAGGGAUGCUCAAGAUGGGUGAGAAGAAGUUAUUCAUCGUGGACAAGUUUGGCACGAUGCAUGAGCAAGUGGUGUGCUGCGUCCUUGACUUUUAUGUUGAUGCAUCUUGCCAACGCCGAGGUUUUGGGAAGCUUCUCUUUGACUACAUGCUUAAGGUUGAAGAUAUCGAGCCGACUCAAAUUGCAUAUGAUCGACCAAGCCCAAAGCUGUUCCGCUUCCUAAGCAAGCACUUUCAGCUUCAACGACAUUUGCCUCAGCCUAAUAUGUUUGCAAUCUUUGAAGGAUUCAAGCUGGAGGACUGCAAUGAUACCAUCCAAGUAGAUGACAAUGACUUUAUACUCGGCUCCAUUUCAUCCCCCACUGACAACAGUAACAGCAACUUCAAUCAUAAUACUAGCGUUAAUACCCAUCAUACCACCAAUAACUCAAGUAACCCCACCACUAACAAGACAGGACCCUUUGUGUCUCGCGCAUUACAGUCUUCUGUAGUGUUUAACUCCGACCAUCAUCAUAACACUACCUCGGACCAGCAACCCAGUAAACGAACAUCCUCUGCAUUUUCAUCCUCUAUAUCUUUGGCCAGUCCGGUUUUGGGAGCAGCGAAUGUUCAAAACGGUGUUGGAACAGGAGGAUCUGUCUCUAUAGUAACAUCAUCGAAUGGUUCAUCACGGAACAAUAAUAGUAAUAACACUGCAACAGUCACUAGCCCUCAAUCACCUAAUAUGACACGAUCUCAACUUGGUGGGAAUAGUUCUGGAGGAACUGGCAAGAUGUCUAGGCUUUUGGCAUCAUCGAUCGUAUUUGCAGAUCCUGCAGUGUCAUCGUAUAAUUGAAUUGAUUGAAUCAGAAUAAUGUAGCAGUAGGCACCACCUCAAUAAAUGUAAAAGUAAAAUGGGACUUUC